AUGAAGAGGAUGAGACAGCGGGUUCUGCAUAAACAGACGCAUGAGCUCAAGAUUGGCCAUAAUACAAUUAAAAUGACAGUUUGUCUCCCGUCCUCAGAGGUCUCAAAUCCUGAGGAAUCAACACCUUCGUUCAGCGCAAUCACAACAUGCGAACUAAAGAGUGAGGUAGAAGAAGAGGUUGAGCCAAUGGAGGAGAAUGAAGAGACAACCUGUAGAUCAGUUGUAAUUGAAAACAUCCAAAACAAUACUCAAGAGUUUCUGGUGAUGCUGGUGGAAAAUGUGCUGAAGGGACCUUCUGAGUCAAAGGACUUCAGCAUUGAAAUAAUACCAGAGAGCAACUGUGCUGUGGUGACAUUCUCUGAUAAUAUGGAUACAGCAAACUUCGUUUUGUGCUGCUCAAGCAAUGCAAUGAUUAAGAAGAAAAUCAUGAAAGUCAGAUUGCUUGAGAUAACUUCAAAGGUGAAAGCUGAAGGCUUACCUUCACAUACGAACUCUGACUACCUCAUGCACUAUUUUGAAAAAUUUGGGGAAGUAGAGGAUAAUGUUGAAAUAUUUGAAGAGGGACAAUCAGCACUAAUUACUUUUGUAAAUCCCAAAGAUGUGCAUUCAGUUGUCAAUGAGCAACAUAAUAUUAAAAAGCAACCAUUCAGAGUACUGCCAUACUAUGAAACACUACAAACAGCCCUUUAUGGAAAAGACAGACCCACCCUGAAACUUCCAGCGGCAUUUACAGAAAGCAUUGAUGAGACCAUAUGGCACCAUUUAAAAGAAAACCAAAAUUCCAUGGAACUGAUCGGCCAAGCUAUGUCCAGUCAUUUUUGUGAUAUGGAUUUUCAGUCCCCAUUGGUGAAGAUAAAACCUAUGCCACCCUUACUUCUGCAAGGUGGGCAGACAAGAAAACUCAUUCAGACUUGGAGAGAAAAGGCCUCCACUGCGUUCACUAUGUCUGUGUCUAAGUUUAAAUCAGUAGAGCUCCACAUUCAGAUGGAUGCAUGGACUGAGGUAGAAUCUGAAAUUCACAAAGCAGUAACAGCAGUGACGGUCACACUGGUUCCCUAUGUGGAUCAAGGAACAAUGGCUGUAGCCGGCCUGAAAGAAGAUGUAAACAGAAUUGAGAGUAUUCUGAGAGGAAUUGUUGAGAGAGUCACCCAAAGAAUCCAAAGGGAGAAGGGUAGUGAGACAGAUGAAAUUUCGAUGUCUCCUUCCAUUUACAAUCUAGUUCUCUGCAGUGGUUUGAAGCAGCAAAUUUGUGACAAAUUUCCAGAUCUGGAGCUCACGUACCAUGAGCACAGCAAAAACCUAACCCUCUAUGGUCUAAAGAAUGAGGUGCUGGAAACAAAGAAUGAGAUACUGCAGGAUGUUGUCAAUUUAGAUCGUAAGCCAGUUGAACUCCAUCAGUCUGUUUUAGAUUUUCUGCAUAACAAGGACCUAGAUGAAAUGGCCAGUGGUUUGUUUUUUAGAAAAGGAAUCAAUGCAUCAUUGGUAUUUGAGGGAAAGGAAGCUUUGCUGCUAGGCAAAACAGAGAAAGCCUUGAAUGAUGGUGAGGAGAAGCUGAAGACAGAGCUAGGUCAUAGGAGCUUUGCAGUAGAAGAUUCCAGUGUUCUUGGAAGAUCAGACUGGCAAGACCUUGUCUCUAACAUAAGAAACACUGACACAAAGGUUACAGUACAGACAUCUGUCAAUGAAGUUGUGAUUUCUGGCUUUAUAGAUUCCAUCAAGGAUGUUGAAAAACAAUUAUAUGAUUUUGUUAAGAGAAACUCUUUCACCGAGAAAACCUUAAAGGCUCACAAGUCUGUUGUCACAUUCAUCAAGAAUCACAAAAUGCAGGUUUGGUCUGAAGAGGUAAAAGGUAAAGUCAUUGUGAACUUCAAAGAUGACACCAUACUGAUCAGUGGCCCAUUCCAUCAUGUCACUCAAUAUUUGCCUAUGUUUGACAAGAUGCUUAAGUCUAUUCAACACUGCACCAUGAAAAUAGCUAAACCAGGGGCAAAGAAGUUUUUCAAGGAAAAACAGUCAAUGUGUGUCGCAUUUGCCAAGAUCAGUAUGGGUUGUUUGAUUCAAUUAAUAGAUCAGUAUGACCCCCCACAUGACCCAAUGAAAUCUGUGAUGAAGCCAAUUUAUCAAUUUAAAAUACCAGAUGGGGUGGAGAUUACCAUAAACAAAGCUGACAUUUGUUCAUUUCAAGUGGAUGCCGUAGUCGGUGCAAACAAAGAGACGCUCCUACUGGACGGAGGCUUAGCAAAGUCUCUCUCAGAUGCAGCUGGCCCUAAACUUCAGGACAACUGUGAAAAGUUUGUCAAAAGACGGCAAUUGACCACAGGUGAUGCUGUUCUUUUUGACGCAGGAGGACGGCUCCAAUGCAAAUAUGUCAUUUUUGCAAUAGGACCACAGUACAAUGCUUCCAACCCAAAGGGGGCAGUAGCACUUUUGAAAAAAACUGUGAAAAAGAGUCUGAAUCUGGCUGAUAAAGAAAGCUGCCAAUCUGUGGCAAUCCCAGCCAUUAGCUCUGCUGCAUUUGGCUUUCCACUGGACCUAUGUGCAAACACCAUUGUGAAAGCUAUAAAAUAGUUUUUUGAUAUUGCCGGUGGGGACAGUGUUCUAAGGAGGAUUCACCUGGUUGACACUAAUGAUAUUGCAGUUCAAGCACUGGGAGUUGCAGUGAAGAAAAUGUAUGGGGUCAGUGCUGUUAGUCACGGCAUAACAACCAGAGGAAGUUCAGGCAACCAGCAGCGAGACCAAAAGCAAGCAAGUUCCUCUAUAAGCCAAGGACACAGUGCUGCAAACACUCAAAGGGCAUCCCAAAGUUUUCAGACAAAAGAAGGCUUAACCAUCUCCAUUUUGAAAGGAAACAUUGAGGACACAACAAUGGAUGUGGUUGUGAACACUCUUAGCAGCAACCUGGAUCUAAGUGUAGGAGCUAUUUCAAAUGCCCUUCUUAAAGCAGCUGGACCUCAGCUGCAAGUUCUGCUCAACCAGCAAGUUACAGGCACUGCAAAUAAUGGAGCAGUCUUUGUAACAACAGGUGCAAACCUUAAGAACAAACUGGUGUUCCAUGCAGUUGUACCACACUGGAAUCAGGGACAAGGCUCAGAGCAAAAGGUGCUGGAGGAUAUCAUUGAUAAGUGUUUGAAUGAGGCAGAACAGCAUCAGCAGAGCUCCAUCGUGUUCUCUGCCAUUGGCACAGGAAACCUGGGAUUUCCAAAGGCACUUGUGGUUUGCUCAAUGCUUGACCUAGUCCUAAAGUUUAACCGUAAAAGGACUUCAAAGCAUGUGCAGGAAGUAGUGUUUGCUCUUCACCCCAAAAACACAGCAACUAUUCAGGUGUUUACAGAUGAGUUCAACAAAAGGUUUAUGGUCCAGCCUGCCUCGGCAAAUAACCCCACACAGCAGCAGAGCACAGGGCCUUUCUCAAAAGUCACACUGAAAUCUGGGGUUUAUGAGACUAUAGUGGGAGGAGUAACACUUCAGGUUCUGCAAGGCGACAUCACUGCAGAGAAAACUGAUGUCAUUGUGAACUCCAGCAAUAAAGAUUUUACUCUGAAGUCAGGUGUCUCAAAGGCUAUCUUGGAUAAGGCCGGUCCAAAUGUAGAAGCUGAGUGCCAGCAACUCGGGGCCCAGCCUAACAAAGGACUGAUAAUGACUCAAGCAGGAAAUUUACAGUGCAAAAAGAUUAUUCACAUUUCAGCCAAUAACAACAUAAUCCAAAAACAGGCUGAAAAGGCUCUGCAAAUGUGUGCUAAGGAUAAGUUCACCUCCAUCUCAUUCCCAGCUAUUGGUACAGGACAAGCAGGGCUGUCUCCAGGUCAAGUAGCAGAUUCUAUGAUGGAUGCUGUGGUGGACAUGGUAAGACAGACACCGCAGUCCUCUCUCAAGCUGGUCAGAAUGGUCGUCUUCCAGGGCCCAAUGCUCAAUGAAUUCUACAAAAGCAUGCAGAAUCGAGAAGUCACUCACAAACAAGAGAAGGAGAGUACCUGGUCAAAAAUCAAAACAUAUGCUGCUAGUGGUAUAUCUUUAUUAACCGGAUCUUGGGAGAAACAUGGUGGCAAAGACUUUGUCAUUGAAGGAAUGAGAGUAGAUCCAGUGUGUUUUUCUAUCUGUGGACCAUCACAAACAGCAGUGGAUAAAACAAAGCAAUUUUUAGAGGAUAUGAUCACUCAGGAACAAGCAUUCCAUACCUUCACUGACACAGCGAUACUGAGUUUCUCAGAUAAAGACCAGCAGCGAAUCCAGGAUCUGCAGAGUACACUUGGAGUGACUAUAAGGUUGGAAUACAAAGCCCAUAAAGGUUCAGAGGGUAACGCAGGAAAGGGCACACUCACAGUGGAAGGCCUCACCCGAGAUGUUCUAAUAGCCACUCAAGAUAUCCAAGACAUGGUCAAAACAGCCAAAGAGCAAGAGAUACUGAAAAAAGAAAUGGAAUACAUAAGUGAGCUUGUGGAAUGGCAGUAUGAACAGGGUGGGCAAUAUCAGAGUUUUGAUCAACGUACAAACUUUGAGUUGGAACAGGCCCUCGGUAGAGGUGAUGCAGACAUCAAUAUUUCCUUACAAGGCCAGAGUUACCUGAUCAAACUGCCUGAGGGUCCUGCGGUAAGCACCAGUGGUGGCACCCAGAUGAAUAUCAAACGCAUUGACAAACUGAAAGCUACUGAAAGUAUCCCACAGAAUUGGGAUGCAAUGGCUUCUAAAGAGUUGUACAAAGUGUGCAACUUGCAACCAACAAGUACCGAAUACAAAGAGAUAUCGGGGCUCUUCAAGGCCACUUGUCCUAAAUGCAAUGUAGUGUAGAUUGAACGAAUCCAGAAUCCUGGCAUGAAUUACCACAAUAACAAAAGUGUCAUGGAACAAAAGAAUGGGCAUCUCAAAAAUGAGAAAAGACUGUUUCAUGGAACCAGUGAGCAGACUAUAACUCACAUUAAUCAAAGUGGCUUUAAUCGCAGCUAUGCAGGAAAAAAUGCUGCAGCAUAUGGAAAUGGCACUUACUUUGCACUUAAUGCAAGCUAUUCUGCCUGUGAUAAAUUCGCUGUGCCUAAUGCUCAGAGACAAAAGCACAUGUACCUCUGCAGAGUCCUUACAGGAGACUUCACUACAGGCCAGAAGGGAAUGAUUGUCCCUCCAGGAAAAAACACCACCAGCUGUGAUCUGUACGACACAGUUGUGGACAACCCAACUGCUCCAACCAUUUUUGUGGUAUUCCAUGAUGAUCAUGCUUAACCAGAGUAUUUAAUCAGUUUCACUUAA